AUGGCCAUCAACAAUGCUCAACUGCAUCCUGCAGCUGUGUUAAAAAAUCAAGGAUAUCGCAAUGCUGCUGCAUAUUCCCGCUAUCUUCAAAAUUUCAGGGAUCGACCCGUUUAUCCCUCCUUCUCUAUCCAUCCUUCAGGCUUUGAUAACUACUGUCCCGAAGCUGUGCUCAAGUUCUAUGUCAACAUCAAACGUGGUCCUGGAUGUGAUCCAUCCUUCUUCACCACGAUUGUGUUUGAAUACGAGAUCAAAGUUACUCCUCAGCUUUUGGCCAAUCUACUUGACCUUCCUCAUUCUGGGCUUCAAGCUGGGAACGAUGGAGAAUUCUCCUCCCAUGGGUUCUCUUUCGAUACAGCUCUUGAGACUCUGACUCGAGAUAUUGGGAGAUACUAUCCAAAUCGUCUAGCUGAUGGACGUCUCUUUGACGACAUGAAGGUCCUUCACUUCUUCAUCACUAGUAGUCCUCUAGCUUUUGGUCCUCAAAUUACCAAACUUAUCUAUAAGCUGGGAAUUGAUCUUCGCGAUAAGAUCACUCUCUGCAAUAUUCUGGAGGAGGUCCGCCCUCAACAUGUUCUGGCCAAAUUAGAUGCUGAGGUUGGCCCCCAAAAGCUCGUCAAUGGCUCAGGGGGAGUAAGGGUUGAUCCUGUUGAUUCUAUAAAGUCAUAUCAUUCUGGCAAAUUUGUUGGAGCACUCAUGAAUGUUGUCGUAACUGUGGUGAAGAAAGAGACAACCAACUCUGAUUCUGAGUCUGAAGAAGAAGGUGGAGUCUCAGACUAUGAGUCUUUGCCAAAGUAUCCAUUUUAA